AUGGCCCACAUCUUCGAUCUAGCAGGGCAAAUCGACGUGCCGCCCUAUACAGACGGGCACAAGACAGGCACACAAGUCAAAUUCCCCACGACGCCCGUCUUCUCAGGCUUCAACCUCCCCUCUCGCAUCGAGGGCGACAUCGUCGACCUCGAAUUCACAGGCCAAAUCCCCAGGGAGAUCAAUGGCACUUUCUACAGAAUCCAGCCUGACCACCGCUUUCCCCCCAUCUUCGAAGACGACAUCCACUUCAACGGCGACGGCAGCGUGACGGCCAUCCGCAUCUCCGCCGGACACGCCGACUUCAAGCAAAAGUACGUGCACACGGAGCGCUACAGUCUCGAGACGUCCGCGCGCCGGAGCCUGUUCGGCCGCUACCGCAACCCGUACACGGACCACGAGUCGGUGAAAGGCGUGAUCCGCACCGCGUCCAACACCAACAUCACGUUCUGGCGAGGCAUGUUGCUGGCCAGCAAGGAGGACGGGCCGCCCUAUGCCAUGGACCCCAUCACGCUGGAGACGUGGGGGAGAUAUGACUUUGAGGGCCAGAUUAGGACGCCGACUUUUACGGCGCAUCCCAAGUUUGACCCCGAGACCGGAGAGAUGAUCUGCUUCGCGUACGAAGCGGGUGGCGACGGUCACGAUGCGUCAGACGAUGUUGUGGUGUGGACGAUUGACGCCGAAGGGAAGAAGAUCGAGGAGUGUUGGUACAAGGCGCCGUUUUGCGGCAUGAUCCACGACUGCGGCAUCAGCGCCAACUACGUGGUGCUGCCGCUUACUCCGAUCAAGGCUUCGUACGAGCGGCUGAAGAAUGGUGGGAACCAUUUUGCUUGGGAUCCCCUCGAGGAUCAGUGGUACGGUGUCGUUCCACGGCGUGGUGGGAAGCCCGAGGAUAUCAGGUGGUUCCGCGCCGACAACGCGUUCCACGGCCAUGUAGCCGGCUGCUACGAAAAUGAGGACGGUCACGUCGUCUUCGACCUCACAGUCGCGGACGGGAACGUCUUCUUCUUCUUCCCACCUGAGAACGAGACACCACAGCCGCCAGGUAAGAGGAAUGCUCUAAAAUCACCUUUGACACGGUGGGUCUUCGAUCCCAAGGCUGCCAGUGGUACACGCGUCACGCCAUUCGAAACGUUCGACACCAACGGGGAGUUCUCUCGUAUUGACGAUCGGUGGGUGACGAAGAAAUAUAACCAUGUCUGGGCAGCAAAGGUCGAUCCGACGAAGCCGUAUGAUUUCCAAAAGUGUGGGCCUCCCGCUGGUGGCUUAUUCAACUGCAUUUCCCACUUCCGGAUGGAUGACAAGGUGGAGGAGUCAUGGUUCGCCGGUCCCACGGCGACGAUACAGGAACCUUCUUUCAUCCCUCGCGAAGGCGGAGCUGAGGGCGAGGGCUGGAUAAUUGCGCUGCUCAACCAUCUCGAUGUCCUUCGGAACGACAUUGUCAUUCUGGACGCGCAGGAUCUGGCGAAGGGGCCCGUUGCAACUAUUCACCUACCACUAAAGCUAAAGCUUGGCCUGCACGGCAACUUCGUUGGCCAAAAGGACAUUGAAGAAUUCGCAGGAAGAAGGCGUCCAGGCGGCGACCUCGGGCCCGUCAAGAUGGCGGAGAAGCCUCUGCUCUGGCAAGAGAAAGCCGUGCAGACCAAUGGGCAUGUCAAUGGUAAAGUCAACGGCAAGAGCGAGAAUGACACGAAUGGCGACACGUUGACUUCCGUAGUGGGACGCGCGUAG